AUGGGGCCCAUGCACGCCCUGUACAUGCCUGGCUACUUGUCCCUGCCCAACCGUGACCGCACCGGCGAGAUAACGGAGCAGGGUGGUGAUUAUUCAUGCCUCUCAGAAAACUCUAUUCAGCUGCUCUGCACAGGGUCUCCACUCGAGAGUGAUGAUCUUUACUCCACUGACCCAGAGAUUGCCCUCAUGGGAAAGUCAGCGAUAAGGAGGUUUCAAGACCUUCCGUGGUCCAGAUUGUGGGAUACAGAUUUUACAGUCAAGAAAUCUGAUUUUAAAACCCCCUCUUCCUUUCUCAACAAUGAUGUCCAGUGUCCUCUCUAUCCUUCCUCCUUUGUGGACAUUAUAAUUCAUAUUCCCACUCCAAACUCCACCAAAGACUUUGGUGUCCACUGUGCAGACGUGGCCAAGUCCGAGAACCACACCACACACAACCAGUCCCAAAAAUGGCACAGAAAUAGCAUCAAGAAACUCCGAAUACAAAGAUACAAAUCUCUUAAGGGGGUGGACCCCAAAUUCCUGAGGAACAUGUGCUCUGCCAAAAAGCACAAGAAGAAGGGCCUAAAGAAGAUGCAGGUCAACAGUGCCAAAACCACGUGCCGUGGCUAUCAAGGCCCUCGUAAGCCCAAGGAGGUUAAACCCAAGAUCCCAAAGGGUGUCAGCUGCAAGCUCAAUCGACUUGCCUACAUUGCCCACUGCAAGCUUAGGAAGCAUGCUCGUGCCUGCAUUGCCAAGGGGCGCAGGCUGUGCCAGCCAAAGGCCAAGACCAAGGACCAAACCAAGGCCCAGGCUGCAGCUCCAGCUUCAGUUCCAGCUCAGGCUCCCAAAGGUGCCCAGACCCCUCCAAAGGCUUCAGAGAAGAGAUCUCAGCCUGCCAACAUGAGGACAAAAGGACUGGGGUGGUCCCCGUGGGCUGCUGUCUGCAUGGGGCUGGUGUCCUCCUGUGCUAUUUGUACAAAUAAACCUGAGGCAGGAUUUUUUUUUAAAGUUAUAUUUCAGUAAUGUUGCCCUCUUAUGCAACCCUCCUCCUCAAAACGGACACUUACCUAGCUGCCUCACACAAAUGAGCCUUUUUUUUCUUCAAUUUCCUGUCUGUCUGAAAUACUUUUGUUAACUGUCACUCCUAAAUUCUGGUCCCAAAUUAUCUCCUCUUUGAAACCUAUCCUGCUUCACCACUCCCAAAAACUCAGCUAGAGCCCCCAAUUCUGGGAUCUCAUUGUACCCUUU